AUGGCUACUCCUCAAUUUCGCCUUACACCUGAGAAAGAAGCAAGUAGAUCACAAUGGUUACAUCGUCAAUUCCUCGGCAAGACACCCCCAUUGACUAAAAAUGACGUGGAUCUUACGGGGAAGACGGCCAUUGUCACAGGCUCCAAUACUGGGCUCGGCUUGGAAACUGCUGGUCACCUUCUCGACCUGGGCUUAACACGGCUUAUUCUUGCAGUGCGAACUGUUUCCAAAGGCGAGAGGGCACGAGAAGGUCUGCUCGCAAAACGAGAUCCCGCCUCUUGUCAGAUCGAUGUGUGGAAUAUAGACAUGUCCUCAUAUGAUUCUAUUACCGAGUUUGUAGAACGAGCGAAAACCCUCGAUCGCCUUGACAUUGCAGUGCUAAAUGCUGGCCACUUCAAAGAACUUGAGACAUUCAAUUCAUCCACCGGCUACGAAGAGUGCAUACAAAUAAAUUACCUGUCCACUAUGCUUUUAACGAUUCUUCUCUUGCCGCUGCUCAAGGCAAAUCCCGGAGCCCAUCCUGGACGUCUCGUCAUUGUGUCGUCUGAUAUGGCGGCUUGGGCCAAGUUUACCGAGAGAACGGAGCGACCAAUUCUGGCUGCGUACAAAAAGAAAGCCGCCAAGUGGGAUAUGGGAGAGCGCUACGCAACGAGUAAGCUGUUGGGCCAGCUCUUCAUAACCAAACUUGCAGAUCAGAUACCAGCUUCUGCUGUUAUCGUAGAUUUGGUCAACCCAGGGCUUUGCUACGGAACCGACCUUGCUCGAGAUGGCGACGGUCGUCUCAAGGGUUUGCUCUUCAAAGCAGCAUUUCGUACAUUUGGCAAGGCGCCUGCUAUAGGUGCUCUCGCUAUUGUCCAUGCGGCGGUCUCAUUUGAUGAGUCCGCCCAUGGACAAUAUACAGAAGAUGGAGAAUUAAGACCAUUAGCUCCAAUUAUUUACAAGCAAGAAGGAAAAGAGUUGACCAACCAGGUGUGGGAAGAGACCUUAGCAGAGCUGUCAUUUGCUCCUAUUCAUGAGUCGCUAAAGGCCUUUGACAAGUGA